CACAGACACACACAGACACAGCUGCUGGGUUCAGCCUGUCUGUGUUAUAUUGUAACCCCGGGCUGUGGUAGCGACACCCCACAGAGAGAGGACACAUACACACACAAACACAACGCCAUGGAUCAUUACGAUGCGAACCACUCGCAGGGCGAUGACUAUAUGCAGCCGGAGGAUGACUGGGACCGAGACCUCCUGUUAGACCCAGCCUGGGAGAAGCAGCAGAGAAAGACUUUCACAGCCUGGUGUAACUCUCAUCUCCGCAAGGCAGGAACACAGAUUGAGAACAUUGAAGAGGACUUCAGAGAUGGACUCAAACUCAUGCUUCUCCUUGAGGUUAUUUCUGGUAGGUUUGCAUUUGGUUUACAGUUUAGUGUCCGUGCACACACUCGUGCAAUCUACAUAAAGAUCAGUAAAACUGGAUACACCGAACAGUUCCAGAUACUGACGGGAGCAGUCUUUCUUUCCUCCAAAGCAUCAACGCAGUACAAUUUCAUAUUGUUCAACAAGCAGUGUUUGGAAAGUUCGGUUAAGGGGGAAAUUUUUGUUUUAACGUUCUCAGUGAACCAAGACCUCUGUUCUUUUGUCAUCUUCUCCACACAGGCAGAAACAGCAGCCAAUCGAAUCUGUAAAGUUCUGGCCGUUAACCAGGAGAAUGAGCAGCUAAUGGAGGAUUACGAGAAGCUGGCCACUGACCUCCUGGAGUGGAUCCGACGCACCAUUCCCUGGUUGGAAAACCGUGCCCCGGAGAACACCAUGCAGGCCAUGCAGCAGAAACUAGAGGAUUUCCGAGACUACCGGCGCCUCCACAAACCACCCAAGGUGCAGGAGAAGUGCCAGCUGGAAAUCAACUUCAACACCCUGCAGACCAAACUGCGACUCAGCAACAGGCCAGCCUUCAUGCCAUCGGAAGGCAAGAUGGUGUCGGAUAUAAACAAUGCCUGGGGCUCAUUGGAGCAGGCCGAGAAAGGUUAUGAAGAAUGGCUGCUCAAUGAAAUCAGAAGGUUGGAGAGACUGGACCAUCUGGCUGAAAAGUUUAGACAGAAAGCUGCAAUCCACGAGGCUUGGACCAAUGGUAAGGAGGAAAUGCUGAUGGCAAAGGAUUUUGAGACAGCGACCUUGUCUGAAGUGAAGGCUAUAUUGAAAAAGCACGAGGCCUUCGAGAGCGACCUUGCAGCUCACCAGGACCGUGUUGAACAGAUCGCUGCAAUCGCCCAGGAGCUGAAUGAGCUGGACUACUGGGAUUCCCCAAGUGUGAAUGAAAGAUGCCAGAAGAUCUGUGACCAAUGGGACAAUCUAGGAGCCCUGACCCAGAAGAGGAGAGAUGCAUUGGAGAGGACUGAGAAGCUCCUGGAGACUAUUGACCAGUUGUAUCUAGAAUAUGCAAAGAGGGCUGCUCCCUUUAACAACUGGAUGGAAGGUGCCAUGGAGGACCUGCAAGACACAUUUAUUGUUCACACUAUUGAGGAAAUCCAGGGGUUGAUAACUGCUCAUGAGCAAUUUAAAGCCACUCUGCCCGAGGCAGAUCGGGAGCGCCAGGCUAUUCUAGGCAUUCACAAUGAGGUGUCAAAGAUCGUCCAAACCUACCAUGUCAACAUGGCUGGUACCAAUCCUUAUACAACAAUCGCCCCACAAGACAUUAACAACAAGUGGGAAAAGGUUCGACACUUGGUGCCACAGAGAGACCAUGCUCUGAUGGAGGAGAAUGCUCGUCAGCAAUCCAACGAGAGACUGCGGAAACAGUUUGCGACACAAGCCAAUGUUAUUGGUCCUUGGAUUCAGACUAAGAUGGAGGAGAUUGGUCGUAUCUCCAUUGAGAUGCAUGGCACACUGGAGGAUCAGCUGAACCACCUCCGACAAUAUGAGAAAAGCAUUGUCAACUACAAACCAAAGAUCGAUCAGCUAGAAGGAGAUCAUCAGCUCAUUCAAGAGGCACUAAUCUUUGACAACAAGCACACCAACUACACAAUGGAGCAUAUCCGAGUGGGCUGGGAACAGCUGCUCACUACCAUUGCCAGGACAAUCAAUGAAAUCGAGAACCAGGUCCUGACCAGAGAUGCAAAGGGCAUUAGUCAGGAGCAGAUGAAUGAGUUCAGGGCCUCCUUUAACCACUUCGACAGGGUAAGCUCGCUGAUUUGCUGGUGAUGUGUAAGUUUUGCA